AAACAGAAGGGUCCAAUCAUUCAAACAUGGGUUCAUCCACAGCACGUUUUGCCAUUUGCCAUCGUCUCCUUCCCCAAUCUUCUUCUUCCUCAGCACCCACCCCGAACACCCAAUUCAAAUCCCAACCCAGUAAUAUCGUCAAUCUCUCCACUCACAGGCGGCAAUUCUUGUUCUUCUCUCUCCCCGUUUCCCUCACCAUUCACUUCAGUAAUUCUUCCGCCGUGGCCGCUGGCUUCGACCCAGUGAGCCCGGCGGAGAGGGAGAGCAGCGCCGCCGUCUCUCGGAGGGUGGAUCAGGCUGUUGAGAUGCUGGAGAGGGCCAAGGAGUUGCAGGCUCAGGGUGACUUCUAUCAGGCUCUUGCCCACUUCACUCAGAUCAUAGAAAAAUACAAAGACUUUGCUCUCUCAGAUUAUGCACGAGUAGGAAGAGCAAUAGCCUUGUAUGAGGUAGGUGACAGAGGAGAAUCAAUUGCAGAAAUGGAAGAUGUUUCCAUAUCCUUGAAAGGAUAUCCAGAAGUUCAUGCGGCCCUAGCUGCAGCCUUGUACACGGAUAGGCACGCUCUACUGCUGGCAGAGAACCAAUUCACCAUUGCCACUCUUCUUGACCCUCACUACACUGAUAUUUCAUAUGUACGAGAAACAAAGCACUGGCCUCCAAGUUUGAUUGCUUCUUUGCAACAUUUCAUCACACUUUCCUAAGCCCAAAAUAAUAUGUAUAUAUUUAUGCCUUGCAAUUGCAUGCUAGCUGAAGGAUAUUAUUAUGGUGAAUCGGUAUAUGGGAUUGCACAAUGCUUGUAUCUAUAUACAUCCAUUCUUGCUCUGUAAAUUAUCAAACAUUCUUGUAAUCAUGGUAACAAUACUCAAAAGAGUUGUGAAGACAACUGACUCGUAGAAUCAAGUAAUAUACACAAGACUUCCUUAA